AUGACGAAGCAAUUGAAAGAGUUUGCAGUAAACAGGGGGAGAAAUGGAGAGAGAGUUUGGGGAUGGGACUGGGACUGGGACCCACUGAUGCUGAUGGUAAGUCAUUUUCUAGACGCUCCUUCACAUUUUCCCUUCCCUCUCUCCACACCCAAAAUCAGUCGCGAUUCAGUGGACUCCUUCUCAUCGGCGAAACUGACUCAGGCGGACGGUCAUCAUCUAAGUUUGGGUUUAGGGUUCUUGGAGUCAUCGAAGUUGCCGCUGCAACCUCCUCCUCCCUCCAUCGAAGUCUUCUCCUCGGAGAUUUCUUCUUCUAUGAAUUACACUAUGGAGCCUGUCAAUUUAGGUGGCCUUACUUUACUCAAGGGAAGGGUGAGUACUGAUGAGGUUCUUGGAUUGCAUAACUCUGAUUUAGUCCCUGGAAUCUAUGAAGGGUACAGCUGAAAUGCAUUUUCAGGACUUCAAUGCUGAGGUACUCCGGUGUCUCACCAUCCCAAAUGUAAAUGCAAGUCUUUUGGAGAAGUCUCAACCAGCCACCGCAUCCUCUAAUUUACGGGAGAUAUGGAAGCUUUCGUAUAAGUAGAUCCUCAAUUUUCAGCCCAUUGUGUAUUUAGCGUGCUACAAUACUAAGGAGUGAAGCAUAGGCUUCGAUAUUUGAAGAAUAAUUAAUGUAACCUUGGAAGUUCAAUUGUGACAUAUGAACAUUAUGAAAUGUAAA